AUGACCGGCUUCGAUUUCUCAAACUACAACCGCAACGCGGCUCUGCACGCCAGGGGUGUUCCUCUUCCCAAGGCCACUAGCACUGGUACAACGAUUGUGGGAUGUAUCUACGAUAAUGGUGUGGUGAUCGCAGCAGAUACCAGAGCUACGAGCGGCCCCAUAGUAGCAGACAAGAACUGCGAGAAACUUCAUUACAUUGCGCCCAAGAUCUGGUGUGCUGGCGCCGGUACCGCCGCGGAUACCGAGUUCACCACCGCCCUCAUCAGCUCCAACGUCGAAUUGCACUCUCUAUCAACAGGCCGUGACCCGCGAGUCAUCACAUGCAUGACCAUGCUCAAGCAGCACCUUUUCCGAUACCAGGGACACAUCGGCGCCUACCUUGUGGUUGCGGGCGUGGAUCCGACCGGUGUUGGCUUGUACACAGUGCACGCGCACGGUUCGACAGACAAGCUGCCAUACGUGACCAUGGGAUCGGGAUCACUGGCAGCCAUGUCCGUGUUUGAGUCAAUGUGGCAGCCCGAUCUUGACAAGGAAGGUGCGAUCGCUCUUUGCGCCGAGGCCAUCAAGGCCGGUAUUUUCAACGACCUCGGUUCCGGCAGCAAUGUGGACGUAUGCGUCAUUGAGAAGGAUAAGCCCACGAAGCUGCUUCGCAACUAUAUGAAGCCUAACGAGCGUGGUUUGAAGGAGCGCAACUACCGAUUCCCCAAGGGCACGACUGCUUGGUUGAACCAAAAGGUCAUCAGCAAGGAGGAUCUGAAGAAAUAUGUCACUAUCGAGACGCUCUCCGGAGACGACAACCUUGCUGCUGGGGAGAAGAUGGAAGUCGAUGUUUAA